AUGGAAAAAUAUCGUAAAUUUGAUGAUGCCUCUUGUGGAAUCAAUCCAUUCGUCCCCCUUCCUGAACAAAAAUUGUCCUCAGCUUUAGUUGUGCCUAUUCUUAUCAGAAUGGCAGAGAGACUAUUCAACUAUUGUCUGUGCAAGAUGAUACUUUCAGGUUUCAGAGCAGGCUAGACUAAAGCUAGCUAUCACCCAGAGCAUAAAGAUUUUGACUUCAUUAAAAAUGAGAAGGGAGAGCUCAGUGUAGUUGAUAAGAUUACAUCGAAUGAUGUGAUUAUUUGCAAUAACGUGUCUUUGAUUGACUAUUUAUUCCUUGAAAUGGCUUAUGCACCUUUAUUCACUGCUGUAGCAGUCAAUAAGCAAACAGGAAAAUAUGGGUUUAGGAAGCUGUCUAUGCUAGAAAUCCCAUUUCACGCAAUUGGCAUUAAAUUUCCUCAAGAAGUUGAUAGUUCAUAAUGCUUUGAGAGUUUAUUAGCUCUUAAAAAUUCGUGCUACGUAAAGAGACCAAUUGUUGUGUUUCCUGAAGGUACCAAGACAAAUGGCAGAGGUAUCUUGAGCUUCCCUCAGGACAUUGUUUAAAUCUUAUUGAAUGCUGCUGACUAGGAAAAGUUGACCUUGCAUACUUUAAGGUUUGACUAUGCUUUCAUCUAUACCUCACCCUACAACUCAACAGAUCCCACUGGUAUAAAGACCACUCUUAAACUCUUAGUUCAGGUUUAAAACAGUAUGAUGAUUCAGUACUACUUUAACUUAGAGGAAAAAUUGCGAGAGAACAUUAAAACUGAGGAGAAGUACUCAUACAUAAGAAAAACAAUGAUGCCUAGGGGGAAGGAGUAUUAGCUUCAAUUGACCUACCAUGACCAUCAGCAAUUUUUGGAUUACUGGUUCGGAACUCAAGAUAAAUUCUACGUCUCAAAAGACAAAAAGCAGCAAUGA